AUGGUACGCUGGACACAACCUCUUCUCCUGACCACUUCGGUCCUCCUUUCUCUCUUUUCCACUGGCACAACCCAUCCCGCAAGCAAUCAUGCAAUUUACCCCAAGCACGCCGUGAUCCCACCAGUUCUUCCUCCCAAAGCUUUCAAGCGUCAAGAUGCACCAGCUACUGCAAUCACACCUGUCCCAGAAGUGAAGCAAGCCGAAGAUGUCUCACAGCCCACCGCUACAGUUUCUUUCGAAGCUCCCAUUCCUGCUGAGGAUAGCAAUGACUGGCGCUCGGUGAACUGUGAGGCUGAUGGUGUCAAGGAUCAUACUCUAUAUGGACCUGAUCGCUGGCAGAAUGUUGAUGCUGGUGAUGCUUGGGGUGCUGUUAUUGAGGGAUGGAAGAUGAACAUUACUGGUGGACGUGAGCAGAAGCACUUUUCCAACAAUGUUUCCAACUUCUUUCACGGCCCUCAAGACAUGUUCUGCGAGACUUUCAGUGAUGAAGGCAGUGGAUGUGAGGAUCUCAACCUCCAGUGCCACUCUACCAGUGUUCCUGCUGGUUACUUCAUUCUUCACUCCUUCGAAAACAUCUUUGCUAUGCACUCCAACAUUUGGAACGCUGUUGGCGAUGCUGUUCGUGACAACGACAUUGGUAUCAUUGCUUCAGAGUUUGGCAAGGUUCCUCCCAAGGAGGGAGGUCUUGCUACUUCCAUUCUUAUCGAUAUUGCCUUGAUGGCUUGGGGUAUUGUUAUGGGCCCUGCUUGGAACAAGCUGAUCGGCCCCAAGUUCAGUGACAGCACCAAUGCUGGGACACUCAAGGAUACGACCAACGACCUUGUCAAGAACUCUUUGACACUCACCAAGGACAUCCUCAACGGCAGAGCUCAAGACCAGCUUGGAGUCCAGAACGGUCUCACAGCUCAAAUGCAAGGUCUCACCGAAGGCUGGAAGGACGGCGUCCUCGCAACCCAAAAGUGGCUCUUCGGCGGUUCCGAAGACGGCUACAAUCAACUCGGCGCCAUGAUCUCCGACGCCUCUAUGUUCGGCGAUAACUGGCUUCUCGACCGUGGCGACCACGCCAAGCAAGUCAAGCGCGCUAUUAACGCCUUUUUGAUCCCCAUGGCAUGGCAGUACUCUCCCGAUGUCGUCAUUCCCUUCAUCGCAGAAUCCGAUGUUGCUUGCGAUCAAGACCCCGGUUGGAACAAGGAGGCUACUUUCACGACUAUGUACCAGCACUGGAUUGACGAUGGUGCUCUGAAGGACGGCCGUUUCUGCUUUAACGGGAAAUCUUAUUGGCUCCUUGGUGGACGCGAUCGUAACACCAACUGUGAUAGCAAGUCUGGUGAUUCUAACUGUGGUGAUUUCGCCCUUCCUCCUGGAUGGCAGUCUCUGAAGGACAAGAAGUUCACUGACAUCUCGCUCGACAAUAUUAUCAUUGGAUCUCUGAACUCCAAGGCUGCUAAUGGUGGCAAGAAUGGCUUCAAGCUUGAUCUUUUCGAUGAGCCUAGCCGAGAGGCCCUCGAUAGCCUUGCUGGUAGUGGUAUCGAGGCUCCUGGUGUCUUCAACAUCCCAAUUUGCCCCAUGGAUGAAGUCAUUGAGAACUACUACCUGUGUUACGGUAAUAGUCGGGAUGACAUGACCAACUUCCCUUGCAACGUUUGA